GUCCCCACACCCCGUGUACACCCCCAGAGCUGAUGGGGUCCCCUGGCCGUGUGUUCCAGGCUGGUUUGGGGCCAUGGCACAGCUGGAGCUCUGGGCAGCCGCGGCGCUGAUGCUUCUGGGGGUGGCCGUCAGCCUCUGCAUCAGGUGCCAGCUGUCCCCAGCUACCAAACGGGAGACACAGCUGAAUGAGCAGAGGAGCCAGCUCGAAAGCCAGCAGAGAUUUGAGGUGGUUCGAUCCCAUACCAUUGCAACCCGAAGGCUGGAAAGUACUAAGGAACCUGAAAGCUUAUCAAUAGCAAGGAAAGCCACUGAAGAGCUCAGUGCCUCCCAUCACAGUGAUUAUGGGAGCAGGGAUGAGUCCAGGUACCAGAAUUUCCUGACAGAGAGCUGCCUGCAAGAAGAGAAUGACUAUGUGGAGCCCAUCUCUCUGGAUCACUACUACAACUGCACCCUGCUCUUCCAGCCACCCUGUGGUACUUCUCCAGGCAAGCAAGAGAAAGAUGAUGAUUCCUAUUCCUAUGAAAAUGUCACUAUUGGAGCAUCUCGGGGCUCUGAUCCAGAUGACACUGUAGACUACGAGAACAGCAUGGCAAUAAAAACAUGGAAACUGCAGCAAGGACAAGCCUCGCUGACAGAAAGCCUGGAUGAUGAGCCAGACUACAUCAACACAUGUCCUGUGUCACACCCUGCCCUGCUGUCAGAGCAAAGGUAGAAGCAAGAGUAAAUGUAUUCUGCAUAAAGUCUGAAGAAAUCUUUUGCUGAGCUGUAAGAGUGCACCCAGUGAACAUGCACACAGGGAGAGGGGAAGAGUUCCACCCCUCAGUGAAAUCUCUUCUCCAAACUGUUCCUGCAAUGAUGUAGAAGGGGUGUUACUGAAAGGAAGAAAUGCACUGCUUGAAGCCCUACAGAAGUCCAACUGAAAACCAGCAACUGGAGAAAGCACUCUGCCCCCAGCGACCACGGGCAAGCCCCAGGCUCCUCAUCCCAAUCUCAUUUCCCUGCAUGUCCACUCCAAGAUGGCCAGGCUGGGCAAUGCUUUCUCCUGACAGCCAUGAAAUGAGUCCUUAACUUGCUGAGCAGUAAUGCACACAGCUACUUAAUUUGUCAGGGUGACUCAUGCACGGUGGUAUUAAGCCAUAGGGAUUACGUUCUGGUUUAGUUCCUGUGCUCUCCUAUAGGAGCAGUUUCCUAUGUGAGAGGAACUGGCAAGGCAGAGGUGUUUAUAACAGCAGUGGCUGUCUGGAGCUGAAUGAGAUUCCAACCUGUUCACAAAAGCUAAAGAGGAUUAAAUGCCUGCCUUAUCCAUGGCUUGUAAUUCACAGUGCUGGUCUAUGGCAGUUUUCCUCAUGUUUCAGUAUCUGUUUUAUAAUGACACAAAGAAUCAGCAGCAACUGUGAGUCAGAUCCACAGACACCAGCCUCAGAAACUGAACCAGUCCCUCAAUAUGACUGUUGGAACAUCAUCCCAGGAACAGAAUCCCUAUCUCCUGAGCCCUGAUGCACAGAUCUGGCACUUCUGGAACACUUAUUUAUUAAAACUGAAAGCUUCCAAAGACAAUGAGGUGUUUUGCUAUGGUUUGCAAUACAGAUGUCUGCAUGCUCAGGUGACACAGAAAUGGGAGGACAUGAGGUUACAUGGAAUGAUGUGCAGGAUCUUAUGGGGAGAAAAUGCAUUAAAAGCCUUCUUCCUCAAAUUCAGAUCAGAAAACUGUUUCAGGAAAGAACACAGCCCACACUCAUGGUGAGUGAGCAGGGAAGGGGAGCUCAGGGUUAGAGAGACAUGGAGAGAGAGAAGGGAUGUCAGGUGCUUCCUGCCGCAAAUGACUAAUUUUAGCAGAAUCACCAAGACAAACCACAGGUGCCCACCCUUGGAGUAGCUGAAACAGUGGGUGGGUUGGAGUCUGGCUCAGAAGGUUUGCUAGUGGUUCCUACAAAUGCUACAAGUUUCCACAGGACUUUUACAACAGAGAAAAUCUAGUGCCCUUCAGGGAUGCACACAGACAGGGAGCUACAGCCUGGUUUUCUGCUCACCCCAGCCCAGCUUCUCUUCACACCCUAAGGUUUCCUUAUGUUCAAAUGCUCUGCAAAAAGUCUGCACAGGUGCAUGGCAGCAGAGUCCCCGUGAGGCAGAAGCACACACAGUGCUGUCUCUGCACAGGCUCCCAGGCAGGCAAGGGCUGCUUUUGUCACUGAAAUUUUUGUGCCUGUACCUCCCAGGGCUAUGAGACCCUUGGGAUUCAUCCUCAGCACCUGAAGAAGCUCCCACUUUCCAUCAAGUGCUGCAGAUUGUGGAUUGUUCACUGCAAGGGUGAGCUCGUUCUGAGUGGUGUCUGGUGAUGUUAUCCA